AUGGAAGGCGCGGGCAACAUGUUCCUCCUCGUAGUACUAAUGGCGCUGAUAUGCCACAACUAUGGCGCUCCUAUGAGGAGAUCGAGAGCAGCUGCAAUUCCAGAAGAGGAACCAACCACAGCUCGGGAAAACAAACUACAAGAUGAGUUCAAGGAAAUUCCAACGACAACUGAAGCUUCCAUAACGAGUAGAAGGAACAAAGCCCUGAAUUUGUUUGGCUUUUAUCCUUCUUUUCUAUCAUCUGGUGGUUUGGACUUCACUGAAGAUAAUGAUGAUGACAUCAACUUUACCGUGAACGACGAGAACUUCGAAGAGGAAGAUCUCUCAAGAACGAUUCCAACAAGGCGUCGCCAGCAAAACAAGAAGAAAAACAGCAACGGAGACUAUCAAACCAACGACUUGAAUUCAUUACAAUACGAAAAUUCACCUAUUUUCUACAUUAGGUUACCUCCUACGCCAUACAUGUUUGUCCCUGGUUUGGGCUACGUAUCACAGCCACCUACCCUUGGUCCCCCAAUGUCACCAAUGAUGGCAGGUGUACCGCCUCAAGUAGCGGACCCAUUCAUCAAUCUUCCUAUAGACUUUGUGUCCAAUGGCAAACCUACAGGUGUUUACCAAUGGAGUGGUGCCCCUGCAUACCAGCAAGUACCUCAAAUGCCGCAAGUUGAUCCGUUUGGAUACGGAGGCCAGUCAAUGAUGCCUCCAUCGCGACCUUCUUACAAUAUGCCUUCAUACUCACAAUCUAAGCCGAAGCCAGCACCAUCUAAUUCCAAAAUUACAAAUCUCAAAGGUCAAUAUGUUUUUAAUGGAAAACCAUCAGACAGUGUAUACGUUUUGAGAGAUUCUUACAACUCUAUAUAUUCCGAUGCCCUUCAAAACUUUUACCCUUAA